GAUCCAACAUGGCGAUCCUCCCCGCUCGUCUCGCUCCUCCUGCUCCCCCCACCGGUUGGUGAACUGGUACGGUCUUCUACGCAAUGAUGUAGCGGCAGAUAACAUUCGUUCAAAAUGCGAGUAGUCGCCCAAACUUGACGAGGUUUUGGAUUCGCUCCGCUCGAGUAGCGCCUCUUUCUCUCCGGACCCCGCAUAUCCCGAAGGGUCGGAUUUUCUCCGCCGUGGACGACGGGCUCCCGACCUAGGGCCCUGGGGUGUCGUCGUCGUCGCCAUGGGGGCUCCCUCAAAGGGGCUAGCCGACCUGCCGAUCGAGCUCAAGCUGCGCGUGCUCUCGUUCCUGGACCAGCGAGACCUGUGUCGAGUGGCGUGCGUGUCCAGGGAGUUCCGAGAGCUCUCCCAGGACCCCUGCUUGUGGAAACGGGUGGCCAUCGAAGGCGACCUGGACGCGCGGGUCGUCGCCCGUCUGCUCGACCGGGCCAGCAUGCUCGAGGAGCUGUCUCUGCGGGAGUGCUCUGCCGUGGCGCCCUGGGCGGACCGCGGCUUCGACGGGCUGCGCACGCUUGACCUGGGCUUCUCGGCCGACGUGGACGCCGAGGCAGUGACCCGCUUCGUCGAGCGCUGUCCGUCGCUGACGCACGUGAACUUGGAGGGCUGCGGGGAGGUGGACGACGCGGCCGUGGCGGUACUGUGUCGCCUGCCGCAGCUCACGAGCCUGAACCUGUGCCAGUGCCGGCAGGUGACCGACGACGGGCUCGUGAUGAUCGCCAGGGAGGCCUGCUCGCUGCGCUCCCUCAACGUGGCCGGCAUCGACGGCACCAGCGACAGUACACUGUGCGAACUGGCUCGGGGCCUGUCCGAUCGGCUGGAGUCCCUGGAGCUGGACGGAGAACACGUGACCGACGCCGGCCUGGCGCACCUGCAGCAGUGCCACCAACUGACAUCGUUCAGCCUGGGCUAUGCUGAUAGCCUCACGGACGCCAGCAUGGACACGAUCAAGAGCCUGAGCUCACUGCGCCACCUGACGAUCCGGAGGGGACUGUGGCUGGGUGGCGACGCAUUGGCAAGCCUGUUCGAGGGCGGGAGCCUCCGGAAGCUGGUCUCCCUGGAACUGGGCAACAUGCCGCUGGGGGACAAGGGGCUCAAGGUGCUGGUCGACGGCUGCCCGUUCUUGGAAGUCCUGUUCCUGGCCAACUGUUGGGACGUCACGGAGGACGGCCUGGCCACCAUCGUCGCCCGCUGCAGGAACCUGACGGACCUGGACCUGCGGGGCCUGUACAAGGUGACUGGGUCGUCUCUCCGCAAGAUGCCCCCGUGCCUGCCCCGCCUGCGGAGGCUCGGCCUGGAGAGGUGCUGCCAGGUACCCGACGGACUGCCGAGUUACCUUGCUGGACGGGUCCCGGGCCUGAUGGUGUACGGCUUCGACGGCAGCCUGGCCCUGGCUCGGCCCGACAUGGAGGACCCGUUCGUGAGCGAGGAGGAGCCGGAAGACACGUCCUCAGAGGAGGGCCCGGGGGACGUCCAGGGGCCCGGCGAGGGGGCCCCCACUCCGGGGCAAAGAGAGGAGCAGAACGCCGCAAAGACUCCGGACGGCAAAGUUUUAGACUUGGAAGAGGAGCAGCCGCACCAGUACGACCUGUUCUUGACGCAGCCAUGCACCAGUCUGUACUAGUCACCAUAGUCAGACACAGGUUAAGAAUGUGCCAGAAGCUCCCCCCACACCCCCAUUACCACCAGCUGGUGUUCUACCUCAACGCACAAAUAAUCCGCUACAGAGCCGGACAUUGUGCCAACGUCUGUGGGGAUUGGUCCAUACUGCUCAUUCGCAAGAAGAGCAAGACAGGCUGGACACAGAAAAAGCACACCUUUAUUCGAGCAGGCCGAGCAAUUGUCCUCGAGCUUCCUGCGCCGUCGUCUUUCUCUUCCACAAGCCCACGUCACUGAACUCGUCAUGGCUACUGCCUUUCCUGGUUGUUCUGCGAAGCGAUUUGAUGCCAUGGCUAGCACGAGGUAUUUUUUUGGCACAUUCUCAACUUGUCCCCGGCUAUACCCACAGAUUUGUGCCGGCCGCUUCUCCCAGGCAGACAUGAGUGUCAAUUUGAAUGAGAUGUUACAAUAAAGUUGUUGUUUAAUCGUU